AUGCCAUCACUACCAGACACCGUCGGUGCUCAGGCGUGGAAAACGUUCUUGACAUCUCGCUUUGCGUCUCCUUCGACGACAAAGACCCCGCGGUUGACGAAGACCGAAAGGAUCGCCGAAUUGGAUCACGAGCUGGAGAUACUUCAGCAUUCGGACUUCAUCACUUUCGCGAAGAGACAGCGUAACGCGAACUUGCCUUCGUGUUCAUUGCCUCCCGAGGUCCUCAGUCGCGUGUUCUGGUAUGCGCAAGAAGGAUGGAAGCCCCGACGCUCAAUUGACAACGACGUAAUCACACUUGGAUGGAUUAUUUUGACGCAUGUGUGUAAUAAAUGGAGAGAGGUAGCACUUUCAUCAUCGCCAUUGUGGUGCGACGUGUCAUGUUACGCGCUUCCUAUCGGUGCGGUUCCUGCUUUGAUAGAACGCUCGCGACGGAGCCCUUUGGAUCUCGCCUUCGAAGGGAUCUUCAGAGGCGACGACAAGAAAUCUCCGUAUACGAUCGCUCUUCGCAAGAUCUGGCUAUCCCGUUCCGUCAGCUCUCGUGUGCGGAGCCUUACAAUCGAGGAGAUGGCGACGUCUCGUUGGCAUUCAAGGCAAUGGAGCUCCCUCAUCGGCAAUCCCAUGCCAGCUCUAGAGGAGUUGAGAAUACAUAUUUCACUCAGAGAGUCUGACGAGGCAAGCGUUUUGCCAGAUACUAUCUUCACUUCAACAAGCCCGCUUGGUCUCCGUUCGAUUUCGCUAUUCAACUGCUUCCUUCCGUGGUCCUCUCCGCUGUUCACCUCAAACAUCACACAUCUAGACCUCGGCGAGCAGGAGUCGACCCCCACACUCCUACCGUCACCAGCCUUAUUCCAUCAAGUGCUCUCGCGUCUACAGCGUCUGGAAUCCUUAUCCCUGAUGAAUAUAUUCCCUCUUCCUGAUCCCAACGACCUGUUCACGACAGAACUUUCGGACACCCUCAAAGACGUGACGAUGUCUGCCACCGUGAUAUCUAUGAUAGAACCGUGUCUCAAGGCAUUCUUAUCAAUAACAACAACCCGGCCAGCCCGCUAUAGCAUCGAUAUAUUUACUGCGACCGAGCAUGCGCUCAUGUCAGAAGCGCUCGCCCAUCUCUUCCAGCCGGCUCCGGAUCCGUAUAAAGAGUUGUGCAUUGCCUCAAAUGCAUUUAGCACCCUGUCACCCCCCGAAUGGACCGCUGGUGAUCCGGAAACAGGCCUCGAAUGGCUCGGUGGGGGUGCUUAUACCUUCGAACUUGAGCGGCGGUUUACUCUGAGUGACGUUGAAAACUCUACACUGAGCAUCUUUUACUACCCAUACCUAUCAUUCGUCCGGAUGGAUAGAAUCGAACGACUUUCCAUCGCUAGCGGGGCAGUAUGCGCUUUCCGCGAUGACGACGCAUGGAAAACGACGUUCAGAAGAGCGACCCAAAUCUCUAGCCUUGCGUUGCCCUACGCCCCUGCUCUAUGCCACCUCUUCGGCGCACUUGAAGAGACUGCAGCACCAUCACCGGGUGCCACGGAAGCCAAAGAGAUGACGCUAUUCCCCGCGCUCAAGGUCGUCGCGCUUUACCUGUAUGAGGACGCCAACGCAGACGCUAUAGAUAUCGACGAUAUCGCCUCGGCUCAGUUGCGAAUCGAACUCCUGAACCUGAUGCAUGUACGCAAAGAUGCGGGUUGUCCGAUCGAGCAACUACGGGUUGCGAAGGGCGUACUUGGCGAUGCAGAUAUACGGGGUCUCGCAGAAAUUGUAACGGUCGAGCAAUUUUAG